AUGGGUCGCUUGCAAACGUACUCGACCAAGGGUGGCCUGGCUCGAGAAGAUUCGGACGAUGAGCUAGGAUAUGAAGAUCACCCCUGGGAGUGGAUCUACAACGAAGAUGAAGGUCAACGCGAAGAAGAGCCUGAAAAUCCAAGAAAGAGAAAAGCGAACGCCCUCCGAGACUCAUCCAAGAAGCCGAUUAUAGUUGGAGCACGUAUGUCGUCGUUCUCAAUUCGAGUGGGAGAAGCAGUCCUCCUGAAAUCCCCUGAGCAAGGCAAAGAUUGGGUUGCUCUAGUCUGUUCAUUCUCUGACACCAACGAAGAUGGCGACGAUGAGAAGUCAGUCUAUGUCCAAUGGUUUUGCUCGCCUGAAGAACUUGCUUUUGGCAAACGGUCAAAGACUCUUCUGGACGUGCUCCCAAAUGAAUCAUACAUCACAACAGAUUUCAACAUGAAUCCAUUGACCGCUAUCAACGGCAAGGCUACUGUUCUCUCGAAAGAUGCGUUCAUGAAAAGAUACCCUAAUGGUGCACCGCCAAAAUCCAAGUCAGCUGCAAGCCAGUAUAGUAAGACGAUCUUGUGUCGAAGAGGUGUGAAGCAGAGGACUCUGCGAUUCACUGAAGACAUGGUGUGGGACGAAAUUUACAAAGGAUCCAAGGACCUGUUGUACUUGAUCGAUUGGAUUAAAGAUCAAACAAAGGCGAGAAAGUCACAAGCGUCCCUGAAAAAUGCAGACACAGAGUAUCGAGAAAAGAAAGAGGACAUGGAUGACGACGAACCAAAAACACCUAAGAAGAGGAAGAAAAUGACAUCGACUGUAACGACUCCCAAAUCAUCAGUCAAAGCUUCGAAAUACACUACACCCUCUCACAAAAGAAUCAUGAUCAAGAAACCUCUCGAAAUCACACCCCUUGGCACCAGAAUACUCUCCCCUAGCCAAAUCAUGUCCACUCCUUAUUCCCACGCCCGAACGACUCUUCACGUCUCCGCCGUCCCUACCUCACUACCCUGCAGAUCCAACGAAUUCAGUACCGUCUAUUCACAUCUAUAUUCGGCUAUCGCGGAUGGGUCUGGAGCCUGUAUCUAUAUUUCAGGCACACCCGGGACUGGAAAGACUGCCACGGUUCGGGAAGUGGUAACAUCGCUCCAUCAAUCCGUUCUCGACGAAGAAUUGGACGAUUUCAACUUUGUCGAGAUUAACGGCAUGAAGGUUACAGAGCCGCAUCAGUCGUACUCGCUCUUGUGGGAGGCUCUGAAAGGAGACCGUGUCAGCCCAAAUCAUGCUCUGAGUCUCCUCGAACAAGAGUUCUCCUAUCCUAGUCCUCGCCGGAUCCCAUGCGUGGUGCUUAUGGACGAAUUGGAUCAACUUGUAACCAAAAAUCAAAGCGUCAUGUACAAUUUCUUCAACUGGCCCGCCAUGCGUCACUCCAGGCUUAUUGUGCUUGCUGUGGCAAACACCAUGGAUUUGCCAGAGCGAACCUUAUCGAACAAGAUCAGCUCUCGACUCGGACUGACGCGAAUCACCUUUCCUGGCUAUACUCAUUCACAGCUGAUGGAGAUCAUCUCUUCUCGAUUGGAAGGAGUUCCUGGAAACAUUGUUGAUUCAGAUGCCAUCCAGUUUGCCAGUCGCAAAGUCGCUGCUGUCUCGGGAGAUGCGCGGCGAGCUCUUGAUAUUUGUCGACGCGCGGUUGAAAUUGCAGAACAAUCUCAGAAUUCUCAGGCCCAGGGACUCGAAGAUUCCGUCGCCACCACGCCGAGCAAGACAGGAAGAAAUGAGCGUAAACAAGAAAGCGACAAAUCUAAUACCAUAGCUACACGGACAGCUAGGGUGACGAUUGCCACCAUCAAGCAAGCUAUCAACGAAGCUACCUCGUCUCCCAUUGCACAACAUUUACGGUCACUGCCCUUGGCAUCCAAGCUGUUUCUCGCCGCAAUUUUGGCUCGCGUUCGUCGGACUGGUGUAGCCGACUCAACACUCGGCGAUGUCAUUGUAGAGGCAAAGCGGAUCGCUGAUAUUGCUGAGAACAGCGCCAUCCACGAUUUCUUACUAUUGGACAGUGGAGCAGAGAAACAAGCCGAUGUCAUGCCGAGAGUGCUGGCAUUGGGUGGAGCAGCGAUGGAGCUUCUAGAAAGCGGCAUUAUCGCAAUGGAGGCGAGAAGUAGAGGUGAAAGGGCUGGCAAGGUCAGGUUGAGAAUAGGCGAGGAUGAAGUCAAAAGUGGCCUGUUGGGAGAUCCUGAUGUCAAAGGGCUGGGGAUUGCAGCUUGA